AUGCGCUUUAGCAUCUGCCUCUUACCAGCCCUGGCGGCUUCGGCCUUCGCCCAUAUGGAAAUGCGCCAGCCCUACCCUUUCCGAAGCAAGUUCAACCCGGCCAACGGCCCCGGGGACAUCGACUACUCCAACACUAGUCCACUCGCCGCCAAUGGAGCCAACUUCCCUUGCAAGGGAUAUCAUCAAGGCCCCAGUACCGGUUCGACCGCCACCUACAACGCUGGCGGAACCUACACGCUGAAUCUCGCCGGUUCCGCAACCCACGGAGGAGGGUCUUGCCAGAUCUCCCUCAGCUACAACAAUGGGGCCACCUGGAAAGUCAUCAAGUCGAUUAUGGGCGGUUGCCCGCUGACCAGCUCAUAUUCUUUCCAAAUCCCUUCGAACGCACCCAGUGGUAAUGUCCUUCUCGCCUGGUCGUGGUUCAACCUCAUUGGAAACCGCGAGAUGUACAUGAACUGCGCUCCCGUUACCAUUGUAGGAGGCAAUGGCGAUAUCAGCUAUCUUCCCAAUAUGUUCGUUGCAAAUGUUGGCAAUGGAUGCCGCACCACGGAGCGCAAGGAGACUGUUUUCGUCAAUCCUGGAUCCAACGUUGUCUAUGGCGGGAAUGUCUCGCCAGCCAAUCCUGCCUACCCCGUCUGCUAA